UGUAUCCAGGGCGGUGUGACGUCAGUGUAAUGUGUUCGCUAACAUUCGUACUUCCGUGCUCAGUUUCAUUUGCACUUUUAUCUAGUGCAAGUCAUUCACAACAUUGAAAUGUUAUGUAUUUUAUAGAACACAACGAUGAAUUUAAGGACGGUUUUAUUUUACGUUUGUGCUGCGAGUUUUCUUGCUGUUGGCCUAAAAGAAUUAUUGACCGGCUUCGAAGACAACAGAUGCAGUAUGACCUACAUGUUUGAAUACCCUCAAUACUUGCGUGUACCGCUGCCUCGGCGUGUCGCCAGACUGUACCCGGCAUAUGGUCUCUACCUAUAUGGAGAAGGGCGCUACGCACAGGAGACACGAGAACUUCAUCUCUUUGGUGUGCCGCUGCUCUUCCUGCCUGGAAAUGCAGGAAGUUACAAACAAGCUCGUUCUCUGGGCUCUGUGGCCUUGAGGAAAGCAGAACGCAUGGAAGGAGGUCUCCACUUCAAUGUCUUCACUGUAGACUUCAAUGAAGAACUUGUGGCACUUUAUGGUGGCAGCUUACUGCGACAAACACACUUCCUGCACGAGAGCAUCAAGGCUAUCCUAAAACUGUACAAGCACUUAAAGACGCCCCCUCAGAGUGUGGCUCUAGUGGGCCAUUCAAUGGGUGGUGUGGUGGCGCGGGCACUGUUCACUCUGCCCCAUUUCAACACAAAACUGGUCAGUCUCAUCAUCACCCAGGCUUCCCCUCAUGUGGCUCCAGUCCUGGCCAUGGACCCAUAUCUGCUGGAUUUCUAUUCUUCUGUGAGCCAAAAGUGGUUGAAGCAAGCAAACAAGCUGAAGAACAUCACAAUCCUCUCAGUUGGUGGUGGUUACCGUGACUACCAAGUGCGCUCCGGUCUCACAUGCUUACCUUCUUCCCCUCCAGAAGACCCUAAUAAGUUGUCUGUGGUGGUCACUGCAGUUCCGAGGACUUGGGUUUCCACAGACCACCUGUCCAUAGUGUGGUGCAAAGAGCUUGUUCUUGCCACAGUCCGAGCUAUCUUUGACCUCAUCGAUCCUGAAAGCAGACAAUUGACAGAAGACCCAGAGAAGAGAAUGUCUGUUCUGAACCAACAUUUCCUUCCACACUCAAUACCAAUGUUGGGAGACAGAGAAGAAAUCUCCAUCACUGUUGCAGAUGCUGCACAAGUGUGGAGUGAAGUUAACACUUUGCGUCUGACUUAUAGCACAACAAAGGAAAUCGAGGUCAGAUACUUCUUAUUUGCCCUUGCAAGUCGCAGGAAAGCUUACAGUCAUUUCUACUGUCGCAGCAGUAAUUUGGACAAGAGCAGUUGGGUGUAUGGUUGCACACACAGGAAUGCUUCUUCAUGUUUGCAUGCAGUGGAUUUGUCAAAGGGGACUGAGCUUCUGCCUCCAUAUAAGGUGCUCAGACUGAGUGUCAGUGACUUGUCUUCAUUCACUCAUUUGGUGGUUUCAGCCUCCAACCUAAAUGGCAAAAGGUUCAUGGUGGAGUGUGAGUGGCAAAGACAGAAAUCUGUGACUCUGUCAGUUCCUGUUCCACAUGUUCUCUCCUUUGGUUGGACUGUCAGUGAUAUCACCAUCAACCUCACUGGGCUUCUUCACACCAUUGAGCUGCAACACUUUCACCAGGUCUAUCAGGCUUUCAGGAUUAGUGUUGUAAGUCAAUGUAAGGCCCAAAAAGAUAGACUACCCAGCGUCUACAGAAUAAAAGUGCCAUGGUUUUUGGAAGACUCUUUAACAACAGCCAGUGUGCCAUCAGUGACAGAGAUCUCUGGGAUGCUUCACACAUGUAGUCCAGACAAUGUAUCAAGUGUCCACCUUCAGCUCCACACUGCCCCCAACUGCCAAUAUAAGGUGUCAGUCAGGACGUCUUUACCCAUGGUGUUGGGACAGGUUCUGAGGUUCUUUGGCCCCAUGGUGCCAAUGUACACCAGUGUAACGCUUCUCCUGGCCUGUGGGGUUCAGCUCUGUUCCCUCCUGACAUCACGUCGACCUGCAGCCACACACCUGCUGCUGUGUCAAAGCUUCCAACCCCAUAAAGUCAACUUGCCUGUUUACUUCAUCCAUGUCAUAUUGAGUUGUAAAUGGGCAAAAGAUGUGUGGUCACUGCUUGGCCUUCCCCCAAUGGAUGUGGCCCCUCCCACCUUCCCUAAUGAGACCGUUAAUGAGGGCAUGACCGCAGCCCUAGAAUGGCCACACCUCCUCCACCCUCUGCUCUACAUCUUUGGAGCAGCUGUUGCAUUUUGGGGCAGCACACUGCUGACAGUCAUCACCCGCCUGAUGUCGUUCAUAUUAGCUGUGCUGCACAGACCAUCCGUCUCAAGUGAGUGUGGUACACUACAACUGCGGACCCAGCUUCUUGUCACUCUGCUUCUGACUGUUGUGGGCGGAACAUGCUGUGGAGCGUUGUCAAUCAUUGCUGCCUUUCUGCUGCACCUGUACAGAGUACUAAGACUACAGAUGACUGAAAGGUACUUGAGUCACAUUCUAAAUCUGGUACCUCAGAAGCACAAAGGAAAUGCACAUUCCAGUAAGGCCAAAGAAUGUAACGGCACACGCGCCCUGCUGUCAGAGUUGGCUUUACAAGAGGCCAGAGAUGACCUGCAGCUUCACCUCACCUUGUGUGCACUCUUCACUGUACCUGUAAUGCUCAGUACACCCUCACUUUUACACUGGAUACGCAACUUGAGGUACUCCUCCCAGCUUGAUCCUGACCCCUGCUGGCCUUACUUUGUACCUGUGAUUCUUGCAUACAUGCUGCUUAUUAGCGCCAAGGCUUCUAAGCUCAGCAACAGUAAACUGCUGAAUCUGACUUCCUUCCUCCCAUUACCUGUGUCUAUCGCCAUGGUGACCUUCUCACCGCUUCACCUGUACAGAGUGACCUAUUUCCUAUUGGUAGUCCUUAUUCCACUGGCAUUGUGUUGUCUGCUCUAACGGUAUUUAGCGGCUGUUGUGAUUGGAGCAGAGCUGCAGAUGUACAUUUGCUAGGUCAAUGUUUGCAUGAAGACCUUUUACAACUAACACAGAGGAGGUGAUGGCCGAUCAGGUAGACUAUUUAACCAAGCUUGCCUUAUCUUGUACAUCUAAAGCUCUGCUCUAUAGCUAUCCUGUAGUUCUUUAUAUUUAUCCUGUAUAUCUAUAGCUCUGCUCAAAAGCCAGUCUGCCUUCAACAUCAAGCCACUACACACCUUGUUAAGAUAAUGUUGGUUGGUUGCACAGUCAUCACUGCCACAGUCACUGAUGCUUCUUGCGUCAAUGGCACCCUGGGCGAAGCCCCCUUCCAGCGCUCAUCACUCCAGAUCACCUCCCCACAACACAGGGAUAGAUCAUAUAUCAAUAUAUGGGACAAAGUGAAGGUUACGUACAUGGAGUAGAUUUAAUUGUGUAGAUGCAAUAAGAGCACCGCUUAAUGCAUUUAUUUAACUCUAAAACCAGUUUAUUCUCAAGAGAAAUCGCACCCUUUUCAGAACCACUACUGAUGAAAACACAAAAACAUUGGCUUCAUCAAUGGCGCCCUGUGUGUGAUACAUGAUGCACAUAUGCCAGAAAUCACCCCUUUCCUCACAGAUUAUGUGAUGUUGCAAAUAGCGAUGGCUCAAAUUGUAAUUCAAAUGUUAUCUCACUUCCUUGUCUACAUUUACAGACAUGUCCACUUGUGAUGUCUAAUUGUCUCCCAUCAUACCUGUCUCCCAUGCCACUUUCCAUAAGGGGCGCCACAAAUAUCAUGUCCAGUAAGCGUGGGCGAUAGUACUGAUUUAAAUAGAGGGUCAGGAUUGCAGAUACCAAUACUUUUUACUUCAAGAUCAUUACAUGAUUUUGUGAUUUUGCCUGUAAAUAAGAAUAAAACAUAUGACAAAAAAAACCUAUAUUUAUCAACAAACAAUAUAUAAACAAAAUACAACAAUGUACAUUAUCAAUAAUAUAAUAACAUUCCAUUUAUUAAAUACAAUUGUUUGAAUGAAUUAAAGUCUGAAGUAAAAACUACUAUUGGCUGUAGAUGAUGAUAAACAAAAUGUGUACAACACAAUAACAAAGAUAUUUGUAAAAAUUACAAAAAGAAAAACUAAAAAUAUAAACUUUUCCAUGAUGUCGUUUCAAACACUGCCUCAACUUACAGGACACAUGGCAAUAGCUGAAUUUCCCCCAGGGAUCAAUACAGUACUUUCUAUUCUAUUCUCAUCUAAUAGCUUCACUGAUAAACCUCCAUCUUUUUUUCAUUAGUUCUGCCUUUAUAAAUAAUUUCCACGACACCAAUGCAGAUUUUUAGUGGGAGUUUGUUGCUUGUAUCAGUGCCCUCGUAGAGACUGGCAUACUUCUCCCACUGUAUGGACACUUGUGUUUUAUUUGCUGGAAUAAGUUUGUAACACCCAUACUCAGCAGCACACUUUGAUAUUACACUACUGAGUGAAAUCACGGUGGCAAGUAUUGGCAGCACAGUAUUUGGAGAGUCAGUCAGGUUGACCAGUUUUGUCCAGAGCUGUCAGUCUUGUGUUGGGCCCCCAGCGUCCAGCAAUGGAGUGCGUGGCUUGCCUCCUGGUCUUUUCCAACCUUUGGCGGAACAUUAACAGAAUGGUGUUGUCUGGUCUGGACUCUGCCGGCGGAAAUGAAAUAACCAUCUUAUGCGUGUCUGUGCUGUGAGAAAGGAUGCAGUGUGCAGACGUGCAGGCUCUCAUAACUGGUUCAGACCACCUCAUUGGUCCUGAGGAGAUCUUUUUUUUAUGUUGUUCAAAGGAUAUCUUUCUGAACCAUAGAGAAGGAUCUCACACACUGUGAGAGAUUGUAUUGUGUUGCCGAAGUGGUUUCCAGAUUGACUGUAAAGUUAAUGAUCUGUGGAUGAUCUCCGAUUUCACGUCUAAAUCUUGGCUCACAGUGGGGCCCAGAUACACAAAGUUUUGGAAGUCACAACAGGCUGAAUAACUUUGCCACCUAUCACACAAAUCCUUCACUUUAUCUUAGACCAGCUUAACUGAAGGCCAAGCUUCUCUGUCUCUUCCACUUGAACACAAUGAUAUGGUCAGCAUACUCCAUGUGGACCGGGUGGUAGACACACACUUGGGAUCUUUGACCAGGUGGUCUAUGACACAAUUAAAGAGGUUUGGGGGGAGCCCAGAGUCUUGUUGCAUGCCACUGAAUAUGGUGAACCACUCAGAAUUGUUGCCGUGUCUUUGCAGAGACAGCUCUUUUGUGAAGGGAAGUGUUUUUAAAGUUCAAAAGGUGCCCUGAGAUCUAUGAAUCUGUUGUAAAGAUGGUGGUCCUAAACUCAUGGGAUUAUUAUUAUAUUGUAUAUAUUAUAAAUGUAUUAUAUUUACUUACUGUAUAGAAUGUUUCUUUGACUGCUGAUGUAUGCAGUAUUGCAAAAUGUCUGGUUUUUGGAUUUGAGUGCAUACUGCAUAUAUAUACAGUAUAUUUAGAAAACAAGAUAUGUGAGAACUGUAGCUGCCUGAUAAAAUACAUACAAGUCUCUACUUGGUAAGCAGGGAUCCUUGUUUGAAUUGAUGUGCCUUCUAAAACCCCAGAAUGUUCAGACACUUUGUUCCAAGUUGCCAUAAAUGUGUGAAAGAUGUGUGUCAUUUAUCUAAUCAUUCAAUUUUAUGGCUAAAAGUCUUGUUGUACUGUGUGGAUAUCAUUGUCUCUCCUGACUUAUUAAACUUCUUGCUAAUUUAUUUUUCUUAGCUGAUUACUCUUUGCCAUGGGUCUGUAACUCGCAGCUUUGGAGCCGCAUGCACCUCUUUUAUCCCGCUGUUGUGACUCCAGCUAGAUUAUGCUUCUGUGUACUGUAGUCACUACGCUGUCCCUGGAGGCACCGUCAUGAGUCUUUCAAAGUUCUGCAUCAGCCAUUCAAUUCUCGGGGCAGUGUUUUCUGGUGAAAAACCUUGACACUUAACAUGAUUUAUCUUGUUAGUUUCCUUUGUUGCUAAUAAACAAUGGUAACAAGAGAGGGAUUGAGAGUUAUUGGAACUGGUGUUGUGUUACAUACUUUAAUUGCUAACAAAGAAAGCAUUUUUGCAAAGGUGGGCAGUAAGCUUUAUGAUUGAAUCACAUCAACACAGGGCAACUAACAGCCAACCAAUUACAGUCUUUGCCGCAUCACUGCUACGCAAGGUUAGACUUUAUUUUAGGCGAUCAUCACGCUACACAAUCACAUUUGGAGGGGAACAGCAGUUCUUUAAUCUAUAGAAUAGAGCAAUAGUACAGAAACAUGAAAAUAUCUAGUAAAGGAGAAACAUACAGGACAAUUAGAUAUUUGACAACUAGUGUUAGGCAUAUUGCCGUGACAUAAUAAUGGUAUUUCUAACACACACACAAUGGGGGAAUAAUCAUCAACAACUCAAAGAAGUGUUAAUCAUGUAUCAACAAUACUCAGUUUAUGGACAAGGAGAGAUACAGCCACCAAAGCACAUUCAAUCGCUGUAUUAACUAUAAUGUAUAAUUCAGAGUAAUUUGCCUAAAACUGGUGAUAACAUAACAGAUCAUAAAACAGAAAUCCAGCAAAGUUGGUAUCUUGACUAAUUGUCAGGUGAUGACAGGUGUUGGUCGUAACCUACAGAGAAACUAUUAACUUCAUUGGCAUUGACUUCAUUAUAGUGAUCAAAUAAGUUUUGUGGCUCCAAGUGGGUUUUGACUUGGUGGAAACUGGCCCAAAUGGCUCUUUAGGUGCAAAAGGUUGCCGACCCCUGCUCUAUGCUGUAUCGCAGUUCCAGUGAGACUUCUUUUGAAAUGUACAAAGCAUUUAUUUUCAUUCCACUACUUCACAUUCAAGAUCGCUUACCAUCACAGGUACUGUUAGAUAGCUUCCGACUCAAUUUGUGUAUGCAAUUGAGGAAAGAGUGGCAUUUUCAUCAGUGAUAUCAUGCUGUGAGUGUGAUAUCAUGUGGUUGUGCAACAACUUGGUGCAGCUGGUUGAAGAAGGCAUCCUUAAUGUCUUCAUCAAUAAGCAACAAUAACAGUAGUGCAUGAUGAGUGUUAACACAGGUUUCUACACCAUAAGGCCCAGCUGUGUCUCAGGCCCAUUCCAGAUGUAGAAGUGGUCGCCUGCUGUUGUUUCACCACCAUUGCUGUGCCAUCGUGAUUCGCAGUCCCGCCAAGGUGACUAUACAGUAUAGCGGUAGCUCUCAGGACAGCAGGGUAGCUGCUCCAGGCAGAAGAUCUGUUCAUUCCACGUGGCAACACAUGUUCUCUGACGAAGGUUGAGCCAUACUUGUUGGUUGAGGGCAUGCUUGAGUCCAGUUCCAGGUUGUUCAGUCCCAUUUCUUCUGAUUGGUUUUGUAACAACAUUUCUCCUGGGGUGGUUGUUAGCCCUCUAUGAUACUUACAAAUGGUGGGGCUACCAUCAAAAGAUGUUCCUACGUGCCACAGUUUUUGUCUGGAACCUCCCUGGUAGACCAGUCUGCCAAUUGUGAUCCUGCAAGAGGCUGUAGCUCUAGACGGUAACACUCUCUGCAUCAUCAAAAUGCACAACUCGCUUGCCAUGACAAGGCCAGAUCCGUGUUGUAAUGUACAUACAAUACACUUGUGUACACUUACAAGUGUUUUAGUGAAAAGAGUCUGACAUAUCCAAAAUAUACAAUUAAAACUAGCAGUAUAACACAACUCAUAUGUGGUGUGUGUGUGUACUUGCUAAAAGCCACAAAAUAAUAAAAAAGUGCUUUUCAAUACAUUACAAAUUAUCUUUAUAAUUAGGGUGUAGUGAAUCUGACACCUUAUCUCACUAAUGACGUUUAUUGUUCAACCACAAUGUGACUUGUUAUUUUAUAUUGAAGAGUAACAUGAUCCAAAAAGUGUAGUUGUAAUGAACAAUGUAACACUGGUGAAAUAAUAAAAGUGUGCCAUGAGUGGGAUUUGUAACACGUAACAUCCAUCUUGUUUUGUGAAUGUGACAUAGCAAGCUGCCAUUCAAAUUAUAAAUCACGUUCUGCUGUGAAGGAUGAUGCUCAGGAUUACAUUACUGUGCUUUUAUAUCAGUGUUUAUGUAACAGUGUCAAUGUGCACUUUUUCACACAAUAAACACUGGACAACAAUGUUUGUGUUAGUAAAUGGGACUUACUGACAUCUAUAUUUAUAUACAUUCACAUUC